AUGAUUCCUUUUGAUAAUUACAUCGUUAAUCCAGUUCGUUCGGCAGUUCCUGUCGUUUUGGCAGAGCCAAACUGGUGGGAAUCGCCUGUUGCUUUUGCCAGAGGCUGCAGCAAGCUGAUGCUGAAGCCUCAGACCACAGCAGAGGUGUCUCAAGUUCUCAGGUACUGCUCUGAGAGGAACCUGGCAGUGAACCCCCAGGGGGGGAACACAGGCCUUGUUGGGGGCAGUGUGCCUGUCUUUGAUGAGAUCAUUCUCUCCACUGCUCUCAUGAACCGGAUCAUCAGCUUCGACAAGGUGUCUGGAAUCCUUGUGUGCCAGGCUGGCUGCAUCUUGGAGAAACUCUCGGAGUACCUGGAGGAGCAGGGGUUUGUCAUGCCACUGGACCUGGGGGCAAAAGGUAGUUGUCACAUCGGAGGGAACGUGGCGACGAACGCGGGAGGGCUGCGGCUGCUGAGGUACGGCUCCCUGCGGGGGACAGUGCUGGGGCUGGAAGUGGUGCUGGCUGAUGGUUCAGCUCUGGACUGUUUGGCUUCUCUGCGCAAGGAUAACACGGGCUACGACCUGAAGCAGCUCUUCAUUGGGUCUGAGGGAACCUUGGGAGUCAUCACUGCUGUCUCCAUCCUCUGUCCCCAGAAACCUAAGGCUGUGAAUCUGGCAUUUCUAGGGUGUCAGAGUUUUGCUAAGGUUCUGGAAACAUUUACAACCUGCAGAGCCAUGCUGGGAGAGAUCCUGUCUGCCUAUGAGUUCAUGGAUGAGAAGUGCAUGGAACUGGUGGAGAGACACCUCAAGUUGUCCAACCCAGUGACAGGCAGCCCUUUUUAUGUUUUAAUUGAAACUUCAGGCUCCAACUCAACCCAUGAUGAAGAAAAAUUGAACAGCUUCCUGGAACAGGCCAUGACUUCUGGUUUGGUCUCUGAUGGGACUGUGGCAACAGAUGAUAAGAAAAUCAAGGAGCUGUGGAGCCUGCGGGAGAGGAUCACAGAGGCCCUGACCCACGAUGGCUGUGUCUACAAAUAUGACAUCUCCCUCCCUGUGGGGAAGCUCUACGACCUGGUGAUGGACAUGAGGGCUCGGCUGGGCCCCACUGCCAAAAACGUGGUGGGCUAUGGCCACCUGGGAGAUGGAAACCUUCACUUGAACAUCACAGCAGAGUCCUACAGCCCUUCCCUGCUGGAUGCCAUCGAGCCAUUUGUCUAUGAGUGGACUGCAAGAUACAGUGGUAGCAUCAGUGCAGAGCAUGGCCUGGGCUUCAAGAAGAAGCAGUUCAUCCAGUACAGCAAAACCCAGGAGGCCAUCCUGCUGAUGCAGCGUUUCAAAGCCAUGUUAGACCCCAAAGGGAUCCUCAACCCCUACAAGAUGUUGCCCUCCAGCUCCUGA